UUGUAAGCACUCCAUUUGCUUUAUAAAUACCUUAAAAGGUUCAGCCCACCCUCUCCUCCCUCACUCUUCCCUUUACCCUUCGAUUCCCGCCCCGCUCCGUUUGCUACUCCGGCAGCCAUGUCGGCUUAUUAUUACUCCUGUUUCCCAGAUAACUACGAAGCUCACUACCUCGAUUCCUGCUCCGUUUGCGGUAAAUCGCUUCGCAAUUCCGAUAUUUUCAUGUACAGAGGGAAUACGCCGUUUUGCAGCAAAGAGUGCAGACAAGAACAGAUGGAGGUCGAUGAGGCGAGGGAGAAGAGGUUGAAAUCCGGUAGAUCCCCGAGGAAAUCGGAUUCCAAGAGUUCCACGCCGCCGAACAAAACCGUACGGACGGGGAUCGUUACGGUGUCGUGACGAUGAUUGCUCGUGCGUUUUGAUUCCGUGGUGUAGAGUGAUUGGGUAGCGUCAAUUUUGGGGUCAGAAUGAGGAAACAAAAGCGUAAAACAAGAUGAUCUGAGG